CAAUGCUAGGAAGAUGGAAAAAUCAUGUAGGCCAAGAGAUUGAGGUGUUUCAAGAAUUUAGAUUGUUGACUGCAGAAGUGAUUUCUAGGACAGCAUUUGGCAGCAGCUAUUUGCAAGGACAACACAUAUUUGAAAUGUUAAUGAAGUUAAGCUCCUUACUUGUCAACUUCGAUCUCAAACUCAAGCUUCCAGGCAUCAGCAAAUUUUUUAAGACCAAUGAUGAGAUCGAAGUAGAGAAGCUUCGGAAAGGAAUCCGCAACUCCAUAAUGGAGAUUGUUAAGGAAAGAGAAGAGAAGGCAAUGAGUGGGGAAGAAGCAGAGAGCUUUGGGAGUGAUUUUCUCGGCUUACAAUUAAAGGCUUAUCAUGAUACCAAUGACAACUAACCACCACAGGUGGUCGAGUUGGUAAGAGCCUCCAGGUGUGGAACCCCCAUACCCGGAUUCGAAUCCUGCCGACGCUUAUUCAUUUUCAUAUAUUCAUGCAGAUGAGUAUGAUCAUCAAUGAAUCCUUGAGGCUAUAUUCUCCCAUUCUUUACGUUACAAGGAGUAUUGAAAGGACAGUUUAGACUUGGAAAGCUCAUUGUUCCUGCUGAUAUAUGUUGAGUUAAUCAUCCCAUUUCUAGCAAUACACCAUGACCUUCAAUUCUGGGGACAAGACGCACAUCUUUUCAAACCAGACCGAUUCUCAGAAGGAGUUGCUAAAGCAACUAACAACAACAUGGCGACAUUCUUACCAUUUGGAAUGGGACCUAGGAAUUGUGUAGGCCUUCACUUUGGCACCACUGAAGCCAAGAUUGCUCUUUCAAUGUGAUGCGGGAAGCGUGAACACGAUAGUAAGAGCGGGAAGCGUGAACACGAUAGUAAGAGGCUCCGUCAAGCGUCGAAAGUCAUAUGAGAUGAACUAGAAUUCACUAGCAAUUACGGGCACAGCCGUAAGAAAC